AUGGGCGCCCUUGUUUCUUGCUUCGGUACGCCAUGCCUGCCGCUGCCUGCCAGCCAGCCAGCUAUUAACACUGCCGCCGCCGCCGCUGCUGCUGCUGUCGCGGCGACUUCACAAACAACCACACGAGCGCAUAUGCUAACCGUGAUCCAGAGAGCGUCGUCCACGCGAUUACGGCCUGCUUCAUGGCCGUCGUCAACGCCAUUGGUAUGUCCACAUCACUCGUCGAACAGCUUCUCGAGACUGACCGACCUCUUCCUCCUCACAGUCGCGGUCGUCAAGGCCAUCAUCAACGGCAUCGUCGCCGUCUUCAUGGCCAUCGCCUCCGUCCUGACCUGCGGCAAAGUCAAGCGGCGCAACGCGACCACCAGCGCCGUCUAG